GAAAUAACGAGAUGUCGCACGAAUCGUGCUGUCGUCGACGGAAGUGGAGGUGGCGGCCAUGUUGAAGUUCUUUUAGGUUGGGGUUCCAUCAGUAGCACGUUGUCGCAACGGUAAGCCAUUAUGCAGAUCUUUGUGAAAACCCUCACGGGUAAGACCAUUACCCUUGAGGUAGAGGCCUCCGACACCAUCGAGAAUGUUAAGGCCAAGAUCCAGGACAAGGAGGGAAUCCCACCAGAUCAACAGCGGCUCAUCUUCGCUGGCAAACAGCUGGAGGAUGGACGCACUCUUUCCGAUUACAACAUUCAGAAAGAAUCGACUCUCCAUCUGGUACUUCGUCUCCGAGGUGGUGUUAUUGAACCCACCUUGCGUAUACUUGCACAGAAGUACAACUGUGACAAAAUGAUCUGUCGCAAGUGCUACGCUCGUCUUCAUCCACGAGCAACUAAUUGCCGUAAGAAGAAGUGUGGCCACACGAAUAAUAUCCGACCCAAGAAGAAGCUGAAGUAGAUUAAACAUCCAAUUCCAAUUUCUAUAUUACAGAAAUGGAAAUAUAACUUUGUUACAUCAAUAAACUAUAACUGGUAAACUGA